AUUGGCUGCCAAGGAGGGAACGGAGAGCUGCGAUUGGCCGAAACGGCCCGUUCGGAGAGCCCGACCGUGAAUCGCUGGGAAGGAAGGGAAGAAGCCGGGAUGGCCGGAGGGCGAAGCGAGCGGGCUGCUAGGCUGGCAGCGGCGGCACUCCUGGCGGCGAUAGGCUUAGCCGCCGCGCUGGACAACGGGCUGGCUCGGACGCCGCCCAUGGGCUGGCUGCAUUGGGAGCGCUUCCUCUGCCAGACGGACUGCGAGCGGGAGCCCCGCGACUGCAUCAGUGAGCAGCUCUUCAUGCAGAUGGCUGACCGGAUGGCGUCAGAGGGAUGGAAAGAUGUUGGGUACCGUUUCCUGUGCAUCGAUGAUUGUUGGAUGGCUCCCACUCGGGAUAAACAGGGACGGCUACAGGCAGACCCCAAACGCUUCCCCAGCGGGAUUAAGAAACUCGCCGAUUAUGUCCAUGCCAAAGGACUGAAGCUGGGCAUUUAUGCAGACAUUGGGAACAGAACCUGUGCUGGCUUUCCCGGAAGCUACGGCCACUACGAACAGGAUGCAGAGACCUUUGCCAGCUGGGAAGUGGAUCUUCUGAAAUUCGACGGGUGUGACUUUGGGACUCUGGAGGAGAUGGCUGAAGGUUAUAAGAAAAUGUCUUCGGCUUUGAAUAGAACUGGCAGAAGUAUUGUGUAUUCCUGCGAAUGGCCACUUUACCAGAGACCCUUUAAAAAGGUCAACUAUACAGAAAUUAAGCAAUACUGCAAUUACUGGAGGAAUUACGGUGACAUCUCUGAUGCCUGGAGCAGCAUCAAGGAGAUCUUAGACUGGACUUCUUCUAACCAGGACGUUCUGAUCAACAUAGCUGGGCCAGGUGGCUGGAAUGACCCAGACAUGCUGGUGAUUGGGAAUUUUGGCCUGAGCUGGGACCAGCAAAUAACACAGAUGGCCUUCUGGGCUAUUAUGGCGGCUCCACUCCUGAUGUCCAACGACCUGCGUGAGAUUAGCACCAAGGCCAAGGCUCUCCUCCAGAACAAGGAAGUGAUAGCCAUCAACCAGGAUCCCCUGGGCAAGCAGGGCUACCGAAUCACCAAGGACAAAACCUUUGAGCUGUGGGAACGGCCGCUCUCCGAAGGAGCUUUUGCCGUAGCUGUAAUAAACCGGCAGGAGAUGGGUGGACCAAAGGCAUAUCUCCUCCCCACCAUGAUCAUUGGGAAUGGCUUAGCUUGUAAUCCCAGUUGUUUGAUCCAGCAAAUUCUUCCUACCAGGAGAAACCUGGGGCUACACAACUGGGUUUCGUUUUUGAAGCUGGAGGUGAACCCAACUGGAACGGUGCUGCUGAAGAUAGCGGUGAACACAAACACACUUUUUAUUGGCAAUGGGAAAAGCCACCCUAAAGAUCUCUUAUAAUGUGACAGCAUCCUCCCUUCUCAAAUGCUACGAAGAGGAUCUAAGGCAGGGCCUACAGAACCUCCUGAAGCAAUCAAAGGAAAAUUGCUUGUAGAGUCUUUGCUUCAAGAGACGGAUUGUCAAAAAAAUGCUUAUAUGGCCUUUCCGGGAUUCUGAAGAUUUUUAAGCCUCGAAAGGAUGACAUUAUCUGUCUUUCUUCCUGGAGGCACAGCUGGAAAAAAAAGUUAGCUCACUUGACCGUGUUUGUCAAGUGGUUUUAUACAAACACAACUGUUGUGUUACAAUAGUAGCCCGUUUCUUUCUGAGGUGGACUUUGCCGGGAUACAAAAAAGAUGACCGUAAUUGUAUAUACUUGCAGUUGCUUCUCAACAAUCACUAGAGGAAAAUAGAGAUACAAAAGAAUGCAAUAGCUGUACGGGUAAAUUGUGAAAUAACCAAAGAAAUUCUUAGAAGAGGAUUUAAGUGCACUUUGCUACUCCUAAAAUCCAACAGAUUUUAGUUCUGAUGUAGGCUCUGCACUUACAUCGGAAUGGCACUACUUAAGACUUUGACCUUGAGAAUUCCAGCCUUAACGUCUGAACAUGAAUUUUGCAGUUCAUUAAAAUGUUUCCCCCUCCCCACCAAGAUUUCCCACUCCAUUGUUUCAAUAAAUCUUUUCUGCCUACACUGAUGCUAGCUUUGUCCAAGGCAGCCACUGAUUGGAGGGCCCAGAUUAUGAUCAAAUCAGCGAAACUGUCACGUUUAUUCCAGUUACUGUUCCUUCUUGAAGGAGAACGACCAAAGGAUCUAAUCAACUACUUUGAGCCAGUUUGCGGAAGGAGAAUAAAAUAUCAAAGUUUUGUGAAUGUUUCUUCAAACAGAAAAUGGCUUCCAUCGUGUUCUUUGAAUAAAUACGCACAUUAAAAAUUGUAAUUAAUGUCUUGGAGGGGAGGAUUGUGGAACCGUUUUACUUCUUGAAUGUUGAACGUAAUAUAUUUUGAGUAGACUUUUAAUACGCUUUCGAAUAUAAUGUGCCAAAUAAUAGUUAAAACAAGAAAUGUGCAGAAUUAGAAUGUGUUGAAUUGGAAUUGUAGAAACUUACCAAAAGGCAGGAGACAAUUGAAAAAGCUCACUUAUUUUCCCAAACCAGGGGCAGUUUCUUCAGGUAAUCACAUCCUUUAUUUGGUUACCAAUGUGCGCUUUGUGGCAAGAACAGUCUUCAUAACAGACGAACUCUUAAAAGGGGGGG